UAUGUUUUGUGUUGAGGCGGUUGUGUUUCAUAAUUUUCGUUUUCGUUAAAUUCAAUUUUUAUAAAUAAAUAGUUACGAGAAAACAUUAAAAAUGCCGAAUUCUAAGAUAGAACAAUUCGAAAUGGAAACAAAGCCUCUGAAGAAAACAUCAAAACAGAAGUUUUCUGAUUUCUUUUACAAUGAAGAAACGGGAGCGAUUAUGGGAAGAACUCCUGAAAGUUGGGGUAAAAUUAUAAUAUUCUACGUAAUAUUUUACAUCGUCCUAGCGGCUUUAUUUGCCAUUUGUAUGGUAACGUUUCUUCAGCAUUUCAUUAACCCUCGUGUGCCGAGGCUGCAGCAGGAAUACAGCUUAAUCGGUACCAGCCCUGGUUUGGGAUUUAGACCUUUGCCCCCUGAUGUACGCAGCACCCUCAUCUGGUACAAAGGAACGGGUUACGAUAGUUACAAGUACUGGGAGGAUCAGCUAAUUGACUUUCUAUCAGUUUAUAAAAAGAAAGGUCAAACCGCCGGUGCUGGUCAGAACAUUUACAACUGCGACUUCAAGAACCUGCCGCCUCAAGGGAAAGUGUGCGAUGUGGACAUCCGAAGUUGGUCGCCAUGUAUAGAUGAGAAUCAUUUCUCGUUCCACAAAUCCUCUCCGUGUAUAUUUCUGAAAUUGAACAGGAUAUAUGGAUGGCGGCCGGAGUUCUACAAUGAAACCAGUGUCUUACCAACCGAAAUGCCUUUAGAUCUCCAAUAUCAUAUCAAAAACAUAACAGACCACAAUCGUGAUAACGCAAAUAUGGUUUGGGUUUCCUGUCACGGUGAGACUCCAGCGGACAAGGAGAACAUUGGGCCGAUCAAGUACUUGCCAAACCAUGGUUUUCCCGGCUACUAUUAUCCGUAUAAUAAUGCAGAGGGUUAUCUGAGCCCGCUCGUUGCUGUGCACUUACAGCGACCCAGGACUGGUAUAGUCAUCAACAUUGAGUGUCGUGCUUGGGCGAGGAAUAUCAAGUACAACAGAAAAGAUGGUCUCGGUGUUGUUCAUUUUGAGCUUAUGAUAGAGUAAUAUACAAAGCUCUAUAGCUUAUAUACUCUGGUCUUUCCAAAAACCAAAGCCCAUGAUACCAUAUUUUUAUUAAAAAAAUAUGGGUCUCAUUCAAUAAUGGCCGUUUAAAGUAUGGUCUACUGGAAAGACCAAUGUUUUGUGGCUCGGUCUUAUGAGUAGACCGAUGACAAGGAGUCUCAUGGAAUCUCUUUAAACAAUUACUAUUUAUUUCAAUGGUAAUAUGCGUGAAAAUAUACAAUUAAUCAAUUAAAAUUCUAAAAUAUAAAUAAUUCUUUUGGAUCGUUUAAUUUUUUUUUUAUAUGAGAUUUACAAGCUUGGGUAUUAACUAUAAUGAUAGUGAGGGAUAUAUUUUACCAUGCAACUAUAUUUUUUUAACUGGCUGAAAAAGACUCUUCUUUUAAAUAUACGUAAGUGAACUCUCCUACAGAUAAAUUGUCUGGAAUUUACCAAUGAGUAGGUGUGACGUCACAAACGAGAGACCCUAUAUGUCGACAGUUUUAUUAUUUUUUUAUUUUGAAGUAGUGUGAAUUUUUAUUGUAUGUUAGAUAACUUAUGAUAAUGAAGUAAAUAAAGUUUAAUGAAAUUAAUCAAUUCGUCCAAACAUAGCUGUAAUUUAGUUUAAGAUUUACUCGGUCCGUCCAAUAUAAAUGUGCCUCCCGUACUUAGAUUUAAGAACCAUUCCGAAUAUGGCUGCUCAUUUUUACAAUUGCCAUGUAAAAUAUGUAUUUUUUUAUAGUUUAUUACAAGUUUUAAAGUUAAGCCUCUUUUGAUUCAAUGUAAGUUAAAAUAAUGAAUAAAUUAAAGUUAAAAUAAUGAAAAAAUUUUUCAACGGAGAAUUUUAAAACAGUAGUUUCGAGAUAUAUUCUUAUAUAUUUUGUGUAACGGUAGAUUUAGAGUGCAACUUUUAGUUUUAGUUCAUUUUUAUGGUAUAUAUAUUAUGGUAUCGAUCGUUGGUAGCUGAGGAUUUUAUUUUAAAUAUUUCAAAACAUAUUCCAUAUUUUCCAGAUUUUUACGUUGAUUCAUAAAAAUGCGUGCUUUAUUUCUGCUAUAACACGAUAUCAGAUAUUUUUAAAGUCAUUUAUAAUUCAUAUUCAGGAAUUAAAAAUAUAUAAUUUAACAAAUAUGAUGAAUCUCCGAUAUAUGUUACUUUAAUUAUAUAUUAGUAUUUAAUAUGGAUAUUGUGCUAAAAUAGUUUGUCUUAUAUUUUCUAUGACAUGCAUUUUUUUGUAUUCUUCAAUAAUAUGAAAAUGAUAAAGGAUCUGAAUUAUUGGAAUUAUAUAACUAUUCUAAAGUUAGUUCGACAUCUGACAAUGUUUACGAUGGUUGUAUGUGAGUCAUUCCGGCGCCACAUGUGAAAAGUCUUGAAAGGCAAAAUGACACAAGCAGAAUUAUUUUUUUACAUCACAUUAUGUCAAUCGCCUACAUUUUGUAUGGUAAAAUGUCAGUAAUGUGCAAUUUUAAUGCGUGUAAUCAGUCAUUUAAUAAUCCCUAAUUUAAUAAAAUAUUGGUUAUAAAAUUAAUUUGCAUAAAGAAACGAUUAUUAUAAUAAGUUUUAUUGAAAUUAGCUUUGCUGUCAUAAUUAACCACAGACUGUCUAAGUAAUGCAAAUAAAGACUCCUAAUUUGAAUUUUGUGCAUUUACUUUUUUUGUGUUCAUUGUGUUGUACCAGUAACUUAAAUGAUAGACUUUUAUUAUAUUGUAUAGACUGUUUGUCCGUCCAAUGACUGUAUAAUAUAAUCCCAAUGUGUGCCUACA